AUGGCGCAUCGUAAGCUACAACAAGAGAUUGACAAGGUGUUCAAGAAGAUCAACGAAGGUCUGGACAUAUUCAACACUUACCAUGAACGUCAUGAGAAUGCACCUAACGCAUCUGUCAAGGAGAAGCUGGAGAAUGAUCUGAAACGAGAAGUGAAGAAGUUACAAAAGCUUAGAGAACAGAUAAAGGUAUGGCAAGCUCAGAGCGAAGUGAAAGACAAGGAGAAGCUGCUGGAGUACCGAAGGGCUGUUGAAGUGGCCAUGGAGAAGUACAAAGUUGUUGAGAAGGGCUCAAAGGUGAAAGCUUACUCGAAUAUGAGUCUGAAAGCUGCUGGUGAGCUGGACCCUGAGGAGCAGGAGAAGGUUGAUACGAUUCAAUUCCUACAGGAUUCGAUAGAUGAGUUGGAA